ACAGAGGCACCCCACUGAGGUGCUGGGGGAGAUCCACAGAGGGGCUGCCUGAAGCAGGACUUGUUCCCAUAUUGAAGUCACCAGCUGAGGGCAAGAACAGGUUUCCCAUCUUCGGGACCUCUCCCAGGUCUGAGUUGUCUCCGUGUACCUUCCAUGAACAGAUCGGCCUCAGAGGAGUCCCUCGUAGGUGAAGACCCAGUGCCCCAAGGUCACACUCAAUGCUGGCUGCCUGCAGUUGAACCCAGAGAGCAGCUGGAGGAAGAGGAGGAUGAAGAAGAGGAGGAGAAGAAAGAAAAAGAGGAAGACAGUGAUGGCUUCCACACCUCACCCCUUAGAAGGUCUGGGGCUUUCAGAGCCCAUAGCCACACCAGUGAUUCCUUCAAAAGGCACAGUUGGGGACCUGGCAAGGAGUUCCAGGACCCUGUGAGCAGGAGGAGACUGUACUCAUCGGAAUGCCCAGGUUCCCAGGAAGACCCCUUUCUGCAGAGCCACGAGGAACUGGACACUUUUCUGGGAGAACAGCAGCAGGGUGGCCAACCCUCCCACCCGGGCCAGCGUUCCCAGCAUCGGUCUGCUGCCUCUUUCUCUCACUCUGCUGGCAUGCUGUCCAAGGCUGUGUCCAUGAGUGGCAUCAAUUUCCUCUUGGAUUGCUCAGAUCCAGAAGCAGGCAACGUGUUCCGGUCCUCUGCCACAGACCUCAGGAAAUGUGGUAGCCAGCUGGACGUGGACUCAGGGACCUGGGCAGGCUCCUCCCUGCGACGGACCUUCAGCUUCUUCUUGGGCAUGACCGGCAAGGCCAAGGCCCGGGAAAAAGAGAAGAUGAAGGAAGCCAAGGAUGCUCGCUAUACCAACGGCCACCUCUUUACCACCAUCUCAGUCUCGGGCAUGACCAUGUGCUAUGCCUGUAAUAAGAGCAUCACAGCCAAGGAAGCCCUCAUCUGCCCAACCUGCAAUGUGACUAUCCACAACCGCUGUAAAGACACCCUGGCCAACUGUACCAAGGUCAAGCAGAAGCAACAGAAAGCUGCUCUACUGAAGAACAAUACUGCCUUACAGUCUGUUUCUCUUCGAAGUAAGACAACCACCAGAGAGCGGCCAACCUCUGCCAUCUACCCUUCUGAUAGCUUCCGGCAGUCCCUCCUGGGUUCUCGGCGUGGCCGCUCCUCUUUGUCUUUGGCCAAGAGUGUUUCUACCACAAACAUUGCUGGACAUUUCAAUGAUGAGUCUCCCCUGGGGCUGCGUCGGAUCCUCUCCCAGUCCACAGACUCCCUCAACAUGCGGAACCGAACCCUGUCCGUGGAAUCCCUUAUUGAUGAAGGUGCAGAAGUGAUCUACAAUGAACUGAUGAGUGACUUUGAGAUGGAUGAGAAGGACUUUGCGGCAGAUUCGUGGAGCCUUGCCGUGGACAGCAGCUUCCUGCAGCAGCACAAAAAGGAGGUCAUGAAGCAGCAAGAUGUCAUCUAUGAGCUGAUCCAGACAGAAUUGCACCAUGUGAGAACACUGAAGAUCAUGACCCGCCUCUUCCGUACUGGGAUGCUGGAGGAGCUGCAGCUGGAGCCUGGAGUAGUCCAGGGCCUGUUCCCCUGUGUGGAUGAGCUGAGUGACAUUCAUACACGCUUCCUCAGUCAGCUGUUGGAAAGACGGCGCCAGGCCCUAUGUCCAGGCAGCACCCGGAACUUUGUCAUCCAUCGUUUGGGUGACUUGCUCAUCAGCCAGUUCUCAGGUUCCAAUGCGGAGCAGAUGCGCAAGACCUACUCAGAGUUCUGCAGCCGCCACACCAAGGCCUUGAAGCUCUAUAAGGAGCUGUACGCUCGAGACAAGCGCUUCCAGCAGUUCAUCCGGAAAGUGACCCGCUCAGCUGUGUUGAAGCGACAUGGAGUUCAGGAAUGCAUUCUGCUGGUGACUCAGCGGAUCACCAAAUACCCAGUGCUCAUCAACCGGAUCCUGCAGCAUUCCCACGGGAUUGAGGAGGAGUGCCAAGACCUGACCACAGCUUUAGGGCUAGUGAAGGAGCUGCUGUCCAACGUGGACCAAGAUGUGCACGAGCUGGAGAAAGGGGCCCGCCUGCAGGAGAUCUACAACCGAAUGGACCCUCGGGCUCAGACCCCCGUGCCCGGCAAGGGCCCCUUCGGCCGAGAGGAGCUUCUGCGGCGAAAGCUUAUCCACGAUGGCUGUCUGCUCUGGAAGACAGCCGCAGGUCGUUUCAAAGAUGUGCUGAUGUUGCUGAUGACAGAUGUGCUCGUGUUUCUCCAGGAAAAGGACCAGAAGUACAUCUUUCCUGCCCUGGACAAGCCUUCGGUGGUAUCCUUACAGAAUCUAAUCGUAAGGGACAUUGCCAACCAGGCGAAAGGGAUGUUUUUGAUCAGCGCUGCCCCGCCUGAGAUGUAUGAGAUGCACACAGCGUCCCGAGAUGACCGUAGUACCUGGAUCCGUGUCAUUCAGCAGAGCGUGCGCGUAUGCCCAUCUAGGGAGGACUUCCCUCUGAUCGAGACUGAGGAUGAGGCCUACCUCCGGAGGAUCAAGAUGGAGCUGCAGCAGAAGGACCAGGCGCUCGUGGAGCUGCUGCAGGAGAAGGUCGGGCUGUUUGCGGAGAUGACCCACUUCCAGGCAGAAGAGGAUGGUGUCAGUGGGGUGCCCUUGCCAGCCCUGCCUAGGGGCCUUUUCCGUUCCGAGUCCCUUGAGGCCCCUCGAGGCGAGCGGCUCUUGCGAGAUGCCAUCCGCGAAGUGGAAGGCCUGAGAGACUUGCUGGUAGGACCUGGUGCCGACCUGCUUCUGACACCCCGAGAGCCAGCUUUACCUUUGGAAUCUGACAGUGGUAACACCAGUCCUGGAGUCACUGCCAAUGGUGAGGCCAGGACCUUCAAUGGCUCCAUCGAGCUCUGUAGAGCAGACUCGGAUUCCAGCCAAAAGGAUCGGAAUGGAAAUCAGUUGAGGUCACCCCAGGAGGAGGCGUUACAGCGAUUGAUCAAUCUCUAUGGACUUUUACAUGGCCUUCAGGCUGCCGUGGCCCAGCAGGACACUUUGAUGGAAGCCCGAUUCCCUGAGGGUCCUGAACGGUGGGAAAAGCUCUCCAGAGCCAACUCUCGGGACAGUGAAGCUGGCCGGGCAGCAGUUGCCCCCGUGCCUCCGGAGAAGCAGGCCACAGAGCUGGCGCUGCUGCAGCGGCAACACACUCUGCUGCAGGAAGAGCUGAGGCGCUGCCGUCGCCUGGGUGAAGAGCGGGCGACUGAGGCGGGCAGCCUGGAGGCCCGGCUCCGAGAGAGCGAGCAAGCCCGGGCCCUGCUGGAGCGGGAGGCGGAAGAGGCCCGGCGACAGCUGGCGGCCUUGGGUCAGAGUGAGCCACUUCCAGCAGAGGCCCCCUGGGCUCGCAGGUCUCUGGACCCUCGGCGCCGCAGCCUUCCGGCAGGCGACGCUCUAUACUUGAGCUUCAAUCCCCCUCAGCCCAGUCGGGGCCAUGACCGCCUGGAUAUGCCUGUGACUGUUCGUUCCCUUCACCGACCCUUUGAAGAUCGAGAGAGGCCGGAGCUUGGUAGCCCCGAGGAGCGGCUGCAGGACAGCAGUGACCCUGACACAGGCAGUGAGGAGGAAGGCAGCAGCCGGUUGUCCCCACCCCACAGUCCACGAGACUUCACGAGAAUGCAGGACAUCCCGGAGGAGACAGAGAGCCGAGAUGGGGAGCCUACUGCUUCAGAGAGCUAAGGGGACCCCACCCCCUGCCUGCUGCCCCACUGAAGAACAUUAGUUAAAGGGGGCAAACCUUGGGGACUGCGUUCUGCCAAUAAUGAGGGAAUAUUUGAAAGAACUGCUGAUUGUCCUUGCCAGCUCCUGAGAUCCUUGGAUACCUGGGGCCAUAUGGGACUGGGGAUUUAGAGGCCACAGCACCCCUGGUGGCAUCCAAGAGCUACACCACAGAUGCCAAUUUUUCAUGCCUUCUUCCCUCUAUUUAGGAAAAAAUUAUUUAUUUAUUGUCUAUUGGUUAUGGGGGAAACUGAGAUUUAAAGGACCAGGGACAUGGGAACCAAGCCAUAGGGACCAGAGGGCCUUUCCUUUAGCACCACUGGGAUUAUGUUUAGGCUUAGCCACGUGGCUGCUGGCUCUAGCCUAACACCCACUCUAGUGAUACCCAUUUGUGGCCACAGAACCUACUGGCCCUUUAAGGAGGGCUGUGGGUAGGACCACGUCCCUUUCCCCACUCUCCUCAGCCUCCUCCUGCUCUUCUUUCUUCUUUUCAUCCUCCUUGGAGACCUGGCCCCUUGGAGUUGAUGGAGUAGAGGCAAGGGUGGCCGUGAUGUAUUGGGGUGGGGGAGGAAAAAAAUCCACAGGGACCACAAUGUUUUGUUUUUGUUUUCUUUUCUUUUUUGUACCAAAGUCAACUGCACGUGUUUUAUAUUUUUAAAAGAAGAUUGUAGGCACUUCUAGCUCCAUGUCUUUGAACUUGAGGAACUGGGGAGACAGUGACUUCUUUCACCUACAGUCAGGGGGCUCCUAUUUGGAAUUCUUCCUCAGCCAUUUGAAAGAAGCUCCAAGGUGGGUUGGGAAACCUCUACGAACCUUCACCUCAUCUGCCACCAUGGCAUCUACGGUUGAAAUGUAAGCAAGAAUGGGGGGGUUCAAUGCAACCCUAAUACCCACCAGCAAUAGCCAUUUGUCUGCCAAUUUAAUUGUUAAAAAAAAAAAAAGACAGAGACAGUAACAACAAAGAAAGAAAAGCUCAAGCAGGGAGAAAUUAAAGACCUGAAACGCACGAGGUGCAGUCUCGAUGGCCCGUUCUGGGGAUUGCGGUGCCUGUAACCAGGCAGUGACUAUGGUUGCUGUGAAGGGGCUGUCACUACCUCACUGACGAGGGCACUAAAAAGAUGAAGCUGCCUAAA